AUGUCAGGACCGUCAGGUAAACUCGGCGGUCUUUCCACCAGUGUCGUCGCCAUCAUCGCUGUCGGUGGUGUAGCAGGCCUGCUAGCCCUCAUUGUCGUUACGUCUCUCAUCUUGGACAUACCAAAGCGUAUGAAGCAAAAGAAGAACACUGGCCUCAUGGCACCAGAAGAGAUGGAGAAGAAGAGUGUAGAGAUUGACGACGCGGAAAAGGGUGCUAUCAAGCAAGCGACAAGAGAGAUAUCAAUGGCAGACUUCAAGCCGUACAGCGAGCAGCCCGAGCUCCACGCCAAAGCACCCUACCGUGCCGCUAUGCUCACGCAACCGGCAAACCUCAAACAAGCACUCAAAGACGCCCAGGCAGAUGCGAGCAAGACCCUCAUGGGCAUCGCGCAAGGUAUCCCAAGCACCUUCGUGACCAAGUUGAUUGCCUCCACCAAGCCGGAUUUCAUCUGGAUGGAUGUUGAGCACGGCAUGUACAACCGGUUGACGUUGCACGAUUGCAUUCACGCCGCUCAGCAUCAUUCCGAGGGUAAAUCAAUGGUCAUCUGCCGCGUACCCAAGCAUGAUGAGCUGAGUCUCACUACCGCCCUCGAUGCAGGAUGCGCCGGCAUCGUCAUCCCACAUGUGGAGAGUGCGCAAGAAGUCCGCGACUUCAUCAAGGAGAUGUACUUUGGCGGUGGUAAAGGCCAUCGUUCGUUCAGCCCGUGGACAUUCACACCAGGUUUAACUCGGUCUCUCUACCCCAACGACCCUUACAACGUCCAAACCGCCAACAAUCACGUCUGUCUCAUACCCCAGAUCGAAUCUCUAAAGGGCCUUGAGGCCUGCGAGGAAAUUGCCGCCGUUGAAGGCAUCUCUGGUCUCAUGUUUGGUCCUGGCGAUUACAUGAUUGACGCUGGCAUGGACAUCCAUUCAUUCAUGAACGGAAACCCCGAUCCGAAAUUCUUCGAAGCCAUGGGCACAUUCAAUGCAGCGGCUGCCAAGUAUGACCUGCCUAUCUUUGGUGGUGUGAUGGGGCUGGAUCAGAUACCCAUGGCUAUCCAAACUGGUAUGCGAGGUAUCGCAGUGCAAUUCGAUGUCUGGGGUACUACACGGCUCUUUGCGAGUUCUUUGGAAGCGGGCUGGAAACAUGCGAAGAGCUUUGAGGGAAAUCCGAAGCCGAGUAUGGCGAACGGACUGGCGAAGCCAGCCGAGUAG